AUACAAUACACCGUUUUUUUAACUCAUGCUCGUCAUGGUUUAGAUAUUUUCCCUCAUUUUCCCAAGAAAAAAGAAAAAAAAACAGUCUCCAUUGUUUUUCCCGGGAAAACUGAGUUCAGGAUGAUGAAGAAGAAACUGAACUCGUACGGUAGAACUAGAAGAACAAGAGAGAGCCCCGCGGCGGCGACGUCAUCGUCGUCCACCGCAAGAGAAGAAGACACCGAGUGGGAAAUGAGACCUGGAGGAAUGUUGGUUCAGAAAAGGAGCGUGAAACCGGACGCUCCAACACCAAAUUUGCGCCUUCGAAUCGCCUACGGUGCAAUCCGCUACGAGAUCUGCGUCAGUUCCAUGGCCACUUUCGGGGAAGUGAAGAAGGUUAUGAGCGGAGAAACAGGGUUGCAGGCAGAUGAACAGAGAUUGGUGUACAGAGGGAAAGAACGAGAAAAUGGAGAAUACUUGGAUAUGUGCGGUGUGAAAGACCAAUCAAAAAUAGUGCUAAUACAAGACCCUUCCAGCAUUGAGCGACGCUUCAUCCAGAUGCGAAUGAAUGCCAAGAUCCAAAGUGCACAUCGUGCCAUCAAUGAUGUGUCCGUAGAACUUGAUCAGCUAGCAGACCAGGUCUCUGCAAUUGAGAAGUCUAUUUCCAAUGGAGUCAAAGUACCAGAAGUUCAGAUCACGACACUGAUUGAGAUGCUUAUGAGGCAAGCAAUCAAAUUAGAAAGCAUUUCUGCAGAAGGAGAUGCUUCUGCGCUGAAAAAUUUGCAGGGAAAGAGAGUACAGAAAUGUGUUGAAACCCUGGAUCUACUUAAGGUAUCUAAUGCAAGAAUGAAUCCUGUUGUUGUUACAACCAAGUGGGAGACUUUUGAUCAUCCUCCAUCCUCGACCUUGUGGGAAAUGUUCGAUUGAGUUUGCUCCAUCAUCCCUUUUUCUACUUCUUUUUUAUACUCCAAUAUCUUAUCCUGUGUCUAUACGUACCGAAUUAGCUUCUCCUUUUUCAGAACUCUGCCAAUAAGUCUUGCUAUAGAACUAGACAACUAAAUUUUUGUCCAAAAGUACUUGCUCGUCUUCAAAAUUGCAAUUGGAACAGAAGCCGGAAAUGUUAAUAUAUCCUUAUUUAUUAUUUG